AUGGCUCUACGGCCCCUCGCGAUUUCGUGGCUCCACGGGGUGCUCCCCCUCCCUCUUACCCCCUCCUACGCCUCCGCAACUGCUAGUGUCGACCUCCUUUGUGCUAAGAAGGUCGCAGCUGCUUCCGCUCCUAGUGGGAAGCGCAGCCGCUCCAGGGGAGGCAAGGGUGGCAGGGGUGGCGGACGUGGCAGUGGAGGGGGCAGUGGUGGAGGCGGCGGGGGAGGUGGAGGUGGUGGGGGUGGUCGUGGGGGUGGAGGUGGUGGUGGGGGCGAUAGUGGUGCCGGGAGCGGUGGCGGUGGCGGUGGUGGCGGAGGGGGGAGUGGUAGUGGCAGCGAUGGUGGAGGCUUGGGUGACACUAGUGGUGGCCAGGGGCAGCAGCAGCAGCAGCAGCAGCCGCAGCAGCGUCAGCGCCAGACCCCUACUUCCCAGCAGCUUCUUGACUGUGCUUGCACGGUCUUCCACUGUGCUUCCGUGUUUGGCGGUCCCGUAUGGUGUCUCUUAGUCGCUGGUCUCGGAGGUGCUCGUAGUAAAGGUACUGGAGCUGCUGGGGCUGGAGGUGCUGUGUCUGUGGGUGCUACUCUUGGAGACCCUGGGUCUGGGGGUACUGCUGCUGGAGGCACUGAGGCUAGAGACCCUGGGACUCGCAGUGCCGGUUCAGGGGGCGCUGCAGCUGGUGGAGCAGGUCCUGGAGGAGCUGGCGCUGAGGGUCCUGGAGCUGCUGGAGGUGCUGGAGCUGCUGAGGGUACUGGAGCUGCUGGAGGUGCUAGAGUUGCUGUCUGA